AUGUCCCACAAUAAUGCAAAUAUAUUGGACGAAUUCGAACCUAUACACUCACUUGGACAAGGUGCUUUUGCAAAGGUUUUUCAAAUGAAAAGCAAAAACGAUGAUAAACAUUAUGCAGUAAAAUGGAUUUCGUGUACAACGUGAGUUUUAGUUUUCUUAUGUGUUGAAUUAAUUUUUCAGAAAAAAGUCUAUUAAAUAUGCAAAAAGAGAAAUCGCAAUUUUGCAAGAAUUCAACAGUGAUGGGAUUGUCAGCUAUUUUGAUCAUUAUGAAAAAAUACGUCCUGGAAAACAUUGGAAAAACAUGAAUAAAAUUGGUUUGAAUCAACUCUGCUCGGAGAGAGAUGAUUUGAAGGAUUUUAUUGAAAAUAAUCAAACGCUUAAGGAAUUUGUAAGAAUUCUGAUUGUCAAUAAAUUUUAGAAUACGUUCCAGGAUAGUGAAAGUACCGCUUCACGCAAAUAUGCUUAUAUUGUAACAAAAUAUCAGCCUACUUUGAAAGAUUGGCUUAUCGAGAACAACAAAUCAUUUGAUGCUAUAUCAAUGCAAAUCAGGAAACACUGGCUAAAAGAAAUUAUUUCCCUACUUUCUAACAAUAGAGCAUGUUCUAUCAAUGUAAGAUUUAUCGAUUCACAUUGAUUUAAGAUUUUUACCAUACAUAAUAAUUUAUUCCGAUUAGUUUUCGCUGCAUGACUUUCUCAUCGAUAUGGACUUGAAGUUGAAAAUUGAUGCUGUCGAACUUUUUUGGAUUCCAACUGUAAGUUUAUUGAAGUUAGAUUCAAACUCAGGUAUAUUUUUUUAGGAUCCUUCGGGGUUUCAAUUCGCAGUUAUAGCUGCUGAAAUACUUCUCAACAUUCCGGAUGAUAUAAAUAGAGAAGAUGUUUUGAAAGACAUUCAAGCGGAGAAAAUUCCGGAUUUUAUUGAAAAUGAUUUAGAAGUUGUUACAUUUUUCAAGAGUAUUUUUGAAACAAAAACCCUAAAUCUGAGUGGUUUCUUGGAACAUGAAUUUCUUCAUGAUUUGCCGGAUAUUUGUGAGUUAAAAAGUCAAUUAACAAAAAACUAAAAUCAUUCUCAAGGUCCAUCAAGUUUUUUUGCCAACACAUCCAUUUUCACUAAACCUUUACCAUCGGACUACGAAAUAAAUUUAAUUGAGGUACAUAGUUCUCAAACCAAUUUUCAAAAAAACAAACAGUUUUUUUUCCAGGACGAGUUACGUUCAAUAAGAAAUGAUUUGACAGAAGCAGGCUUAAACGAAUUUGAGAACUAUAAUAGUAAACUGAUGCAAAAGUACAUAUUCUUAAAAUCGUUCCCGGAACAUAAUCAAGGCUUUGUUCGUGGUCAAAAUUUGUUUCUGGUAAAAUGUCGUUAUGAUCAUCUGAUUUAUCAGUUGAGAAGAGUAUCCUCACCGUUAGUUAAUAUACCAUGCUCCACAAAAUGAUACGGCCAAUAUGAAAAAUUCCAAAAAAAAAUGGAAAAUCCGAAAAGCAUUAUAAGGUUAUUCAAGUAAAAAAAAGCGUUUUAAAAAACGCAUUAAAAAACAAAAAUAUCCAAUUCAAGUGAGGCGAUGAUGCAGGUUAGUUUCUCCUCCGAGGAGAAAUGGGGCGAAAUUCGAAAAAUACAUUGUUUCGCCUCCACGUGCAACACGUUUCUCCUUUUUUUUCCUCAAUUAGCUCGGGGGUGAAACUAACCUGCAUCAUCGCCUAAGAACAAAUGUCGAAAUUGUCGAAAUAAAAAAAAUUUUCUCGUCGAAAAUGUCGAAAUAAAAAACCUUUUUCGACUCGAAAAACCAAACAAAAGGGAGCUUUCUCGACAUUUCUCGACACUUUUACAAAGCAAAAUUAUUUAAUUGAAUAUUUUUGUUUGUUAAUGUUUUUUAACAUCGCUUUUUUUUACUUGAAUAGCCUUAUUACAUUUCUAUGUGGAGUUUUUAAUAUUGACAGUAUCAUUUUGUCGAGUAUAUUAAUAAUAUCUAAUUAAGAGUUUUCAGUAUAUCAGAAGAAACUUUCACGAGUGGGUUCAGUGAAAGCUAUGAUAAAUGGUUCAGUAAAGUUAAAGAAACAUGGAUUGAGCGUUCGCCCAAACAAUGGGUACAAUUGUAUGAUUUUAUCAAUCGUCGAAUAGAAAAAAUUGUUCGUAUUAAAAUGCUUUUGGCCACAUAUUUACUACCAAAUGAAGAAAAUAACGGAAUUGUAAGUGAUUUUUACUGAAACAAUUGAAACAUUUAAUUUGUUCUCAGGAUAACAUCGAUGAAAAUCAGCCCGUGAAUCAAGCAAACAAGUUCAAUUCGGAGAUUUUCAUUGUAAUGGAAGUUGGAAAUGGAACUUUGGAGAGUUGGCUGAGUAAUGAGACAAAUCUUCAAAAUCGCCCUAUGAAUAAAAUGAAAGAUUGGAUCAGACAACUUUCUGAGACAAUCGCUUAUAUACAUGGCAAAAAAAUUAUGCAUCGAGAUUUGAAAGUUGGUUUGAUAAAUCAAUAUACGUACACAAACUUUCCUUUUUACAGCCAGCGAACAUUUUUUUCAAACAAUCCAACGAGGAGUUUCCACCUAUUUUGAUUGGGGAUUUUGGUCUAGCUAGACAUUUGGAUGAUGAUAUUGAUAAACAAACAAUUACAUCACCAAGAAGAAAAAGUGACAAAUUAACAACUAAUAUCGGAACUGGCUACAUGUCACCUGAACAGGUUGGUUUUACAAAAGUUAAUUAUCUUAUACAUAUAUUUCAGCGCGAAAAUGAACCUUAUAAUCUAAAAGUCGAUAUUUUUGCUCUUGGAUUAAUUGCGACCGAAUUGAUCAUACCGUUUCGUACAGUAAUGGAAAAAUCGAAUGUGUUUGAGAAUCUACGAGCUGGAGAGGUUCCGAAAAUAUUUGAAGAUUAUGAAGAAGCUGCCGAAUUCCUUUUGCUUCUUACAAGCAAAAAUCCCGAUGAUCGUCCGAAUGCCGAUCAAGUUUUAGCACAUUCUUUCCUAACUAAUCGUGACUGA